AUUGGUCACUUCGUUCAAAAUGUCACGUAAUCGGUGUCGUUGUGUACGUCUUCCAGUGGUUCGUGUUCAAGAUUCAUCUGAUUUACCACAACUUCCAGAUGAAAUUAUUGAAAUUAUUGUAUCCAAAGUUCUUCCAACAGAGUUAGUUGCUUAUGGUUGGGAUCAAGUGAGUCGUUCAUUUGGUACUUUUGUCCAUCGAACUCUGUGCUCAAAAGUAUAUUAUUGUGCACUUCAUGAUCCAGUAUGGGAACUGUAUCAAACAACUCGCAGUUGCUACGAUCUCAAAAAAUUUGACAAAUUCUUGAUUCUAUUGAUUAAGAAAUACAUCUGCCAAGUGGAGGAUAUUGUUCUUCCAGUUUCUUUGUUUUCACACAUUCAACAUCUUCUCGAAAAACAUUCAUUUUUGGCGGCAACUAGUGGAACAGCUUGUAACUUCCGUCAUCCACAACCUGGAGUUGCAUUCACGAAUCUAACAAAGUUGACAAUUCAAAUAGGAGCAGAAUGUGGUGGAUUGACUUUGUCACAUAAUUUUGAAAACUUAAAAGCUUCAUCUUCGCUUUGCAAAACUCUUCAAGAAAUAAAUCUUGAUAUUGUACUUUCCGACAAUGAAGAUGUCACUUGUGCUGGAUUCAGAGAACUUCUACGUUUCUUGAAAGAAAUAUCUUAUAAAUUGACUGUAUGGAAUAUACGACUUAGUGAUAAUACAACUACUGGUCAAGGAUGGUCUGGUCCUGCAAAUUUGAAUAGAUACCGUAAUAAGAUGUUCAUUUGUUACAUUCGAACUAUGAUGGACUUAUCAUUGCAAAUAAAUCAAUUGGAAUUGGUCGAUAAACGAAAAGCUUCACCGUACAUGCUGGUCAUGGCCCAUGGAAGAAGAACCAUUUAUAUGUUCCCGGAAUUUAAAAUAUGUCGAAGUUUGGUUAUUUGCUAUGAUAUUGGACUUAUUGCUCCUGUGUUCAGCCACGAGAAUGAUCGAUUUGAUGAUUUGAUGCAUUUUGAGGUUGACGAAUCUCAUGUACUGUAUAAGGCUGACCUACUGGAAUAUCUGAAAUCGGCUCACGAACUUCGUGAAGUACGCGUUGUUAUUCCUUCAACUUUUUAUUCGAGGGUUUCCCGAUGUACUGAAGGGUGUUUUUCGAAUCCAGAUUUUGCUUGCUUCAGAGCUGAUGGGUGGUGUAGUGUUCCAGCCAAACUUCCUGGCGCUCAUUUCGAGAUUGUAGCCAAUGAUGGACAUGCUUCAGUAGUGACCCAAUAAAUCCCCAGAAUUAAUGCUUUAUGAGUGUACAUGAAAUUAUGAAAGCGGUAUUAUAAUCAACUUAUAUACUUGUAAAUUGUAUUGUUUCAAUGUGUGAAAACUGGUUCAAAAGUGAGAGGACAUCUUCCUAUUUCUUAUUUCUAACGAGUGUUCUUUUCUUUCGAACUGUACCCCAUUCAUGUCAUUUGGUAAAAAUGUGUUGUUUGUAAUCUAUAUAUUCACCGAUACUCGUGUAAAUUUGUGUAAAUCCUGACAUUGUGAAUAAAGCAAAUAUAUUUUGAAA